CCCCACUCUAGAACCCGGCCUUGGCCGGGGUAUACGCUAGUAAUAAAUAAAAUCACAAUGAUUCAAUGUAUCUGCCAAAUUAUGCGUGUUCGUCAUAUUUAGCUACACCGGAAAGCUGAUCACGUGUGUGGACAUGGGGUCAUUUAAUUAUCUCGGAUUUGCCGCAAACGAUGGACAAAUUGUGGACGACGUGAAGAAUUCCAUGAAUACCUUCGGCUUGACAGCGUGCAGUACGCGUAAUGAAUUUGGCGAAUUUCCCGUUCACAAUGAAUUAGAGAAAUUAGUAGCCAAAUUUUUACGAGUUGAAGACGCCCUCGUGUGUGGGUCAGGAUUCGCAACGAAUGCUCUAAACAUUCCGGCAAUUAUGGAUGAGAACACCUUAGUAUUCAGCGAUGCUAAAAACCACUCUUCAGUGAUUAUGGGGUUGAGAUUGUCAAAAGCACCGGUUCGCGUGUUCCGGCAUAAUGAUUUACACCACUUGGAAAAACUUCUCACUCAACUUUUCAAAUCCGGAGAGGUUCAUAAGUUUGAGAAAAUAAUCGUUAUCGUUGAAGGCGUGUACUCGAUGGACGCAUCCAUCUUGCAACUUCCGGAACUCAUCAGACUGAAGGAAAUUUACAAGUUUUACAUUUACCUCGAAGAAGCUCACAGUUUCGGCGCCAUGGGUCCGAACGGGGGUGGGAUCGUGGACUAUUUCAACUGCGACCCAAACUCUGUGGACAUUUACAUGGGAACGUUUUCAAAAAGUUUGUGGGCGGCGGGUGGAUAUAUUGCGGGUUCCCGCCAACUGGUUCAGCAUUUGCGAGAAAAUGGAUACUCUCACGCCCACGCGACUGCGAUGCCGCCACCGAUUGCGCAGCAAAUAAUCAGCUCCAUCGAAUCCCUAAUGGCCGAGGGUGGCACCGCUCGGGUGGAGCGACUGAAGCACAAUUCCACCUAUUUCAAGGAGGAACUGAUAAAGCGGGGAAUCUUCAUCUACGGUGAUCUGGAUUCUCCCAUUGCCCCAGUGGCCUGUCCACACCCUGCGAAACUAGCAUUUAUUCUGAGGGAAUUGAGGAAAAGAGGGGUAAUUGCGGCGGGGGUGGGACACCCUGCUGUGGGGAUUUUGGAGUCCAGAAUAAGAUUCUGCAUCAGUGCGGCUCAUUCUAAAGAGUCCUUGGAUUAUGUGGUGGAACAAUUGACUCAAGUAGCCGACCUCGUUUUCCUCAGGGACUCCAGAAUUGCUAAGAAAUCUGAGGAAAUUAUCUCCGCUAAGAAAGUUCUACAAAAUUUCGACUAAACCAAUCUACAAACAGCUGAAAUCGUUUGCAAUCAAUUAUAUUGUGAAAUUGUGACACUAUAAAUACGUAAUAAUGUUUGCAUAUUUUCGGAUACAUAUGGAUUUUAAUUACAUACCAAUUAUUUUACAUACCAAUUUUACAUACCAAUUACAUACCAUACCGGAUACGUACGGAUUUUAAUUACACAUAUGUAAACGUGUAACUAAAAUACAGAAAGUUUUUGACCUUGAGUACAUACAUAUAUCUAUAAAAAAUGAUUAAUUGAUUGAGCGUACAUAACACAUAAAUACGCAACUCGUUAUGUUUCUCACGACCAAAGUAAUAUUUAGGAAUUCGAUUUACGUAUAUUGAUACAUACA